AUGUCCAAUCAAGACUGGUAUAACAAUCAAUAUCCUCCUGAGCAGCACGGCUACGGCAACACAAGUGAACAAGGUUAUCAACAAUGGCAACCUCCAUCUGGGGCUCCUCAUGGCUACGGUGACCAGUCGUACAACCAAGGCUAUGACCAGAAUAGACCAUAUGACUACACGUCUCCGCCGCCACCGCAGGACUAUCAGCAGCCCUACAGUCACCCCCACGGAGGUUAUCAAGACCCGAACGACCAAUAUUCCCAUCAAUCACACCAAUAUGAUCAGUCAAAUCAAUAUACCUCCCCUCCACCCGACCACUCUUAUGGCCAAUCCAACUACCCCACUCAACCCCCUGAGUAUGGCUACGGCGAUCAGACUCAACGUGAUGGCUACUCCCCUCACCCGCCUGCCGUCCAGAGCCAGUAUGAGACUUUCACGCCGCCGCCAGGCCCGCCACCAUCUCACAUGGGUGCGGCUUACCCUCCGCAACCCGGUGCGGAUGCGCCUCUUGACCCCAAUGACCCGACGUCUCAGGAUCGCGGCCUCAUGGGCGCAGUCGCUGGAGGCGCACUGGGCGCCUACGGCGGCCAUAAAGUGCACCACGGCUUUCUCGGCGCUGUAGGAGGCGCCAUCGCCGGCUCCCUGGCUGAGGACGCGCUCAAAAAGCACAACAAGGAGAAGAAGAAACUCCAACGCCCAGCGGGUCUCCGCCGGGACUCCUCUUCCAGCUCGUCGUCAUCGAGCAGCGGCUCUUCUGAUGACGAGAAGAAGAAAAAGAAGAAAUACGGCUUGGCCGCUGCGGGGGUGGCAGGCGCAGGCGCCGCCGCGUACGGGCUGCAUCAACAUCACCAACAUCAACAACAGCAGCAGCAACAACAAGGUCACGGAGGCCAUCACGGCCCACCUGCUCCGGUGCCAAUGCGCGGCAACUUCUCCGCCUCAGCCACCAGCAUCACGCUGGACAGGGACUACGACCUGAUCGCCUCGUGCGCCAACGUCCACGGCGAGCACAAACUCUCCUCCAUCUCGCUGAACGACUGCCUGACCAACUCGCACGGCCAUUUCGCGUGGCAUCGAGGGGGCAACUUCGGCGCCAGCGCCCGCAAUGUCCGGCUGAUUGAAAACGGCAGGGUGCUGGAAGCGGAACUGGGUACCGGCGACGGCAGGUGGAAUAGGGACUGGGUCCGUCUUGACGAGCGCAUCAGUAACAACGAUGGGGAUCUGAUCUUUUUGGACUAG